UCAUGAAUCCGAAGAUUUGGAUCUGUCAUCUGUUUUCCGAUCAAUGAAAUUGAAUUGAAUAUCAUUAACGUCAUGUUUUUUGCUUAUCGGAGAAGGCAAAUCGAAAAAUGUUGUAGAAUUAAGAACUUUUAAAGCUGGGGGUUUCUGAAAAUUUCUUCUCAAUUUAGUUGAAACUCGCUUGGAUUUGGACCAGGAUUCUGAUUAGAAGUAUGGGUCUCACCAAUUGGUUCCAAAACAAAAUAAUUGAUCCUCUUCUUCUGAUUCUUCGCAGAGGUGCUGAGCCAAAACAGUUGGCUUUCUCAGCUGCUCUUGGCAUUACGUUGGGAAUAUUUCCUAUAUGUGGUGUCACCGUAUUCCUUUGUGGGAUGGCUAUUGCAUUGCUUAGAUCACUUUGUCAUGCUCCAACUUUAAUGCUUGCAAACUUCAUCGCUACUCCAAUAGAGUUGAGUCUCAUUGUGCCUUUUUUGCGGUUCGGUGAAGUUAUCUCCGGGGGACCUCAUUUCCCUUUGACGUCUGAUGCUUUGAAGAAAGUUCUAACUGGUCAAGCUUCUUAUGAAGUUUUCUCAAGCAUUGCCCAUGCGAUAGUAGGGUGGCUUGUUGCAUCGCCAUUUAUUAUUGGAACGCUGUACAUAGUAUUUAUACCGUGCUUCAAGAUUCUGGUUCGAAAGUUUGGCACUGUUCCUUCAAGUCCAAAGAAGGGUCAUCCAAGCUCAGAAAUCAAGCUAAAGGUGAAAUAAUUCAAAAUGACUUACAUAAGUGCCCUUCUAUUGGAGGGAAUUUUAUUCAAGGCAUAGUUGAGCAAUAAAUGUGAGCAUCUCUUUCAAGGAUUCAAAUUUGGAUUUGUUACAUUAUGAAGGAUUAAUCACUUCUAUUAGAUUCAAUCCCAUUAAUAACUUAGGGUAUGGAAUUGGUUGCCCAAUAAAAGACCAGGGCCUAAACCACUUACAAAAAUUGAAGUUUUGUAUGGUAGUAGACUGAUUCAUUACAAAUUGCAACAAGUGG